AUGGACGCACAAAGUCUGCUGGCGGCGAUUUUGAUAUUGGUAUCAACAGCGACAAACACCCAAGCCAAGACUAUCCUGUUCUACCCUCCACCACCAACAAGUUACAUCGCUUACCACGCCAAUGUCGCUGGGGCUCUGGCCAGUCUGGGCCAUGAGGUGUGGCUGUGUGUUCCUCAUGCUCAGCUCAAGAAAAACCUGGUCACGGAUAAGAUUGUCAAUAUCCUUUCCUACGGGGAGGACUUGGGAGACAUCGAGAGGCAGCUGUACCAGACCACUAGGAUUUUGGAUAAGUUCUGGGAGAGGCAGCCAACACAGGGGAUACACGCGUUGUAUCCCGUCUCUCAGGUUUUGUUGAAAAUCGUAAACGUUCUUCUUGCCGACAAAAUGUUUCUAGACAAAGUAAGGAAUCUGAAGCCGGAUCUGAUUGUCCUGGAGUCCGUCCCAUUCAACAUGAACAUGGUGGUACUGCCGUAUAUGCUGGACAUCCCCUUUGCAUUUAUUGGAACAAACCAUGAAGCGAUCAUGUCAAAGGUCCCAUUCAGUCCUGCAGUCACGCCGUACUCCAUUGACUUCCUUAGUGAUCGGAUGACAUUCUUUCAGAAAGUUUACUUAACACUGUGUUACCUGGUAUCUAUAAACUUCGAUCUUUACCACGACAGUAGCCUAGUGUCAAAGUUUGCUCCACAUAAACCCCACAAGUCCAUCUAUGAUAUUGCGGCCAACGCUGAGAUUUUCAUUGCAGAAGUUGACCACAUACUGGACUACCCACGGACAAUGCUGCCCAACACAAAACUGAUUGGUGGAUCUUCUGCUUCUCCUGCAAAACCAUUGGUUGGGGAGUUCCAGAAGUUUGUUGAUGAAGCUACAACUGGUAUCAUCGUCAUGUCUUUUGGCGGGGCUGUAGUUAACUUGCCUCCAGACAUCUCCAACAAGAUUGUUUCUGCUUUCAAACAACUGGACCUCAGAGUUGUGUGGAAGAUAAACAUGACCUCACCUGACCCUAAACAAAUCAUGACCUCCUUGUGGAUCCCACAGAAUGACCUCCUGGGACACCAGAAAGCCAAACUGUUUGUGUCCCACUGUGGCAAGAACGGACAAUACGAGGCCCUCUAUCACGGGGUGCCCAUUCUCUGUCUGCCCAUAUAUGGAGAUCAAGGUUACAACUCAGAAAGAGUCCGGGUAAAACAGCUUGGACUCUACACCGACAUACGUGAGGCUAGCGCAGACGAACUGGUAGCCUUGAUGAAAGAAAUCAUCUAUGGCGGAAAAUACGCAGAAAACAUGAGAAAAGCUUCUGAACUUUAUAGGGAGUUGUACAAAGUUCCCAAACAUGAAGCCGCAUACUGGCUGGACCACGUGAUUAAGUAUGGCGGGGAGUAUAUGAGGUCACCGGGUCAACAGAUGCCCUGGUAUCAGCUCCUAGUUUUAGAUGUUAUUGCUUUUCUGUUUCUCGUGAUUGUUGUUAUCGUGUUGGCAUUUUACGUUCUUAUUAGGAUCUGCUACAGGUUGUACAAGGGAAGUCCACAGAAAAUCAAAUCGAAACGUAAUUAA